UCUGUCAAGGGAAGGUCAAGGUUAUACCAGGAGGCCCACCAUGUCUGAACUCCCAAUAUUUUUCGUAGAUGCCUUCACAAAGACUGCCUUCAGUGGAAAUCCAGCGGGUGUAUGCUUGGUGUCCAGCAGCAAUGCGAGUCUCACGGACGAACAAAUGCAGAGGGUUGCUAUGGAGAUGAACAUGCCGGCUACAGGGUUUAUAUUCAGCGACGGGGAUGACGAGAGCUUCAAAACACGUUCUAGGUUUGGCUUGCGAUGGUUCACCGCUGAGACAGAAGUACCCCUCUGCGGACACGCCACUCUAGGCUCUACUGCUGUCCUGUUCAAGAAGCUGGGUAAUGCAUCGAAAGAAAUUUCGUUUGACAUUUCGAGUGGAACGUUAAGAGUGAGCUGUCGGGAUAACCUUUUCUGGAUGGACUUCCCUCGGAAUCCCUCUCAGAAACAGAACAGAGCGGAGCUGGAGAACCUGCUAAAGGUGGUUGUGGACUCCUCACUCAUACAAGAUGUGGAAUACUCCCCAACAAUCAACUACCUUCUGGUCAGAAUAUCAGACUCAUGCUCAAGGUCAGAGCUGGAGAGCAUACAGCCCCAGAUACCUCUUAUGGUGGAGAGUGACAACACGGGCAAAGUGAGGGUUGUCAUCAUCACACUGAGGGGGUCACAAUCUAAUGGAGCUGUGGACGCUGAGGGGAGGAGCUACGACUUUGUGUCCAGGUGUUUCUGCCCGUGGUUUGGGGUCCCGGAGGAUCACGUGACAGGGUCAGCCCACACAGUACUGGCCAGCUAUUGGUCACAGCAGCUGGACAAAAACGAACUUUACGCUCGCCAGUGCUCCCCCCGGGGUGGGGACAUACACAUGAGGGUGGCGGGGGACCGGGUACACUUGGCGGGGAACGCUGCCAUCAUUAUGACAGGGACACUGGAAAUAUGAUGCAACCUCGAUUUGCAGGUCAACUACGGUGGACGUCGCGGUUAUAAUAUUUACAAUAAUUCAGCUUUAAAAAAAUGCAUACAUGAAUAAUUAUGCUUAUGGUAAUGAAAAGAUGUCAUUACUAAUUGUUUGAUUUUGAAAUAGAAUAUGUAUAUUCUAGAUGGACCUGUUGGAAUACGUGUGUGGAUGGGCCAGAUCAUGUUGGUUGUGGUCAUAUGUAUAUCUUAGAUCAGUGUAUGAAACUCCCAAAAAUUUCAGCCAGACCACAGGGCUGGUUAUAUGUAAAACUUGCCAGCCCUGACCAAAACUUACCUGCCCACAAAAUAUCUUCAUAUACAUGUCUAAAUUUUAACCCGACCGUCGAGCGGGUGAAUUUGAGAAUCUGGCAGUCCGUGUUGAAAAUAACCCGUCCCUGGCGGUCGGGCAGGCAGGUAUUACGAACGCUGUAGUAUCUUCGUUUACAAGGGAAAUUGGUGGACACGUGGUUCCAGCCUUUAAGACUUCUCAAUGCAUGUUGUUUAACAUUCUAUGUCAUUUUACUAUAAUUGUUCAUUGUUUGAUUUCUUCUCAUAAUUAUCUCCACCUUUGGUUGUAUUUUUUCUUCUUUGUGUUGGAUCUUUUUGGCGUGUUGAUUAUUAAAAAAGAGUGAGCCAAA